AUGGGGAACACUAUAAGAACGACAAAAACCACGCCUGAGAUAAAUAUCACAUCCUGGCAAUCUGGUAAGUGUGCUUAAAUUAAAUUAAAUUACAAUUUCGGAGGAGGAGGAGUGGGAAGAGAAAGGGAGACCAUAAAUUGUUGACGAACAUGACAUGCCAUGAGCAAAAAAAAAAAAGUCUUUCAGAGACAGCAUCAGCAUAUACAGUGGUACCUCGGGUUACAUACGCUUCAGAUUACAGACUCGGCUAACCCAGAAAUAGCACCUUGGGUUAAGAAUUUUGCUUCAGGAUGAGAACAGAAAUCGUGCUCCGGCGGCACGGCAGCAGCAGGAGGCCCCAUUAGCUAAAGUGGUGCUUCAGGUUAAGAACAGUUUCAGGCUAAGUACGGACCUCUGGAACGAAUUAAGUACUUAACCCGAGGUAUCACUGUAGUGGCCUCAGGCAAUUGUCAGCAUCCCAAACCUCCAACAAGUCCCCCUACUGACUCUGACCUGGCAGGACUCAAGCAGGACUCGAACCAAUUGGGCAGCUGAGUUGGGGAGCUGCCAUUUUAACUUCCCACAAGGCCCCCACAGUUGCGGGGUCACAUUUUAAUUUCCCUCCAUAUCACAGAGUGACACUAUGACAUGAUGGGGAAUUAAAAUCACAGUUCCAUCAGAGUUUGGUCAAAACGGGGGGGGGGGGGCUUGUGGAUUUCAUUAAGGGCUCGCUUACCUACACACCCACCCAAUAAACCUGAGCAUUGCCCCGAUCCUAAAUCUUAGUUUUUGGGUGCUUCACACUUUUGAUGCAUCACUUGCAAGCUAUAUAGUUUGCAUCUCGCAGACCUUGGGGGCUCAAAUUUCAGCGGCACCCUGUGCGACGCCAAAAUUCACACCCCGCCCCUCUCACCUUCCAUUCUAUUUCAUAGUUCUGGCACCCCUGAGGCUCUGCUCCCAGCUCAGUCAAAACUGGUUGCGUUCCCCUAAUCUGCCUCUGCAUCUCAUACCAAAAUCAAGGAGUGCAUUUCGAACUGCUAAGUGUGAAAAGAUUUUAUAAGACUUUUUAAAAAAAAGAACACAUUUACGCAAAAGAACAAAGGUCUUCUUUACCUUUAAAUCGUAAGGUCAAGCCCGGCCUGUGGCUUCGUUGUUCCCAAAGUUUUAAGAAAUGCCAAAAAGAAAAGAAAAAACCUUUAGAGCAGGGGUAGGCAAACUAAGGCCCGGGGACCAGAUCCAGCCAAAUCACCUUCUAAAUCCGGCCCAUGGAUGGUCAGCAUGUUUUUACAUGACAAGUAGAAUGUGUCCUUUUAUUUAAAAUGCAUCUCUGGGUGAUUUGUGGGGCCUGCCUGGUGUUUUUAUAUGAGUAGAAUGUGUGCUUUUUUAAAAAAAAAAAAUGCAUCGCUGGGUUAUUUGUGGGGCAUAGGAAUUCAUUCAUUCCACCCCAAAAAAAUAUAGUCCGGCCCCCCACAAGCUCUGAAGGACAAUGGACCGGCUCCCUGCUGAAAAAGUUUGCUGACCCCUGCUUUAGAGAAACACACACCUGUGCAAAGGAUAAGAAAUAAGCAACAAUGAGGACUACGUUCCACAUAACGCUAAAUACUGGGAUGAGGGAGAAAAGAACUUGGGUGGGGAGUGGAAUGGAAUAUCCUGGAGGCGGGCUUGGCUGCUUGACCAGAAAUCUGAACAGGAUCACUCCACAUAGCAAUGUUUUCUCGCAGAUCCCACUUGCUUUCCAUUAGUUUUCAGAGUUUUAGUAUCCUUUUUGGAGUCUCUCAGGAAAGGGCUAGAGUCAAGGUUUGGGUGUGUGGAGAGGGGCUGUAAUAAUAAUAAUUGUUUAUACCCCGUCAUUUGACUGGGCUUCCCCAACCACUCUGGGCGGCUUCCAACACAAUAUUAAAAUACAGUAAUGCAUCAAACAUUAAAAGCUUCCCUAAAGAGGGCUGCCUUCAGAUGUCUUCUAAAAGUCAGGUAGUUGUUCUUCUCUUUGACAUCUGGUGGGAGGGCGUUCCACAGGGCAGGAGCCACCACUGAGAAGGCCCUCUGCCUGGUUCCCUGUAACCUCGCUUCUGGCAGUGAGGGAACCGCCGGAAGGCCCUCAGCACUGGACCUCAGUGUCCAGGCAGAACAAUGGGGGUGGAGACACUCCUUCAGAUAUUCUGGACUGAGGGUCACCAUGCGCUAAACAAGGCCAGCAACUAUGCAAGAAUAUCCUGCUCACAAGUGCCACCGGCUACAAAAUCUGGUGCAAUGGGUGGUUACAAAACCCUGACAGGCUCUUGGGUCAUCUUAACUUGAGAUGUCAGGGUGGGUGAGUUCCCAGUGUUUGCUUAUUUGACCCAUGUCCACUAUGGAAAUCGCUCCAGCAAAUACAAUUGGUAUCCACUGUCAUUGUUGCUCUUAGUCCAGAAACAAUAGGCAAUUCAUCGCUUCCUCGCUCCCAUUUGCACUAUGCUUUCUUUGCACUGAAAUGAACAGGGUGGAAUUGCAUAAUGGCAGCUUAAUUUAUGUGGUUAUGUAAAUUAUAUAAGUUACAUGAUGUUAUUACAGCAGACAGUGAGAUGAGCAAUGUAGUUUUUAGAGGGAGGUGAACUGCAGGAGAACGGAAACAUUGCCGUAUGCGGCUAAUACAGGAUGGAAUGGAAAAUGAUGCCUUCUUACAUUCUGAACUGUGUUGUUGAGCUACUGAAAUUGCCCAAUAUAUUCAGCAUCAUCCUGUUCUCUAGCCCCCCACCAAAAAAAAAAAAGAGUCUCCCAGAGCAGUUUACAGAUCACUGCAAACAGGACAGUUUUUGUCCCCAGGUUAACAGCCUAGAGACACACAGCACAAAAGGAAAAUGUAUUGGGAGGGAGAAGAAAACAAGCAAAAAUGGUACGGCACCAAGGAUGGACUACAAACCCCCUCCUGAAUGCAAAGCGCUAUGUUGUGGUCUCUCCUUACAACCUCACUUCCCGAUAAAUUUACGCAUGAGCAAACAGGACAUGUAAAUGUUAUCUUGUGCCUUUAUGACGAAGGUGUCCUUGUUUUCUCUGUCGAUAGCAGCUGUGCUGCUGGCAGAGGAGCUAGCCAAGUCAAGAGGUACCCAACCCAACUGCUAACUGAACAGGAAGGCGACCUUGAUUUUUCUGACUUCCUGUGGUUUUGCAUUUCCGCCCUGUGCUAUUUUUAAGCCUCAAACUAUUUUUAGACUAUUGGCAAGAUAAAGAUGUACUGCUUGUUUGACAUAAGAAAAUCAACGUGGCAUCAUCUGAUUAGAUUGUAGCGGCCCAGGAUAAAUAUUCAGCCAGAGACAGGAGAUAGCAGCUAUCGUGGCAAUAGCAGGCCUAGUCUUAGUAGUGAACAGGGCUGAAUAUGUACCUGAAAUGCGUUGCCAGCUAGGCUUUGGGAGAUGGCAUUCAGGUGCCACAUAAUUAAUGGCAAAUAAACAGGGUUUUGACAGGAUUUUAUGCAGCUCUCGGGUAGGGGUAAUGUGGGCCUCCAAUGGUUCUCAAAAAAAAAUUUGUGCCACACUUUCAGAACAAAAAUUUGCUUUCACCACACUGAAUUUUUCAUUGAUAAAAAAAAGGAAAACAAAAAGAAACAACUCCUAGCAGUGUCCGAUUUAUAACACAGAAGACAACGAUUUAUGGCCAAAGAUGGGAGGAAGAAAUAGUUCUGUCGAAGGAAGACUUGCAAUUAAAAUGAAUGGAAUAUGCAGAAAUGGUGAAACUCACCGGAAGAACAAGAAAUCAUGAAGGGAGACUUUUUAAAAUAGAAUGGGGGAAAUUCAUUGACUCUUUGAAGACCCAUUGUCUAUAAAUUAAAACAUUUGUGGGACUGAUACGAACACGUGCAGUAAGAGACAAUUAAGGGGAAGACAAGGGAAAAUUUGUAAAUAUGUAUGAAUUGGAUAUGAAGAAACAAAUAACCAAAGAAAGGAGGGAAGUCGAGGGGGAGGUAAAUUAGAUUUGUAAAGAUUUGUUUUUUCUUGUCAAAAUAUUUGCAAAAGCUGAAAAUUUUAUAUAUAUAUAUAUAUAUAUAUAUAUAUAUAUAUAUAUAUGAGAAAUAUAAAAUUUUAAUAAUCUAUCUGUCUCUCUCUCUCUCUCUCUCUCUCUCUCUCUCUCUCUCUCUCUCUAUAUAUAUAUCUCCCAUAGAACACAACUAUUUUAUAAUACUACCAUGAGACAUCCAGAAAACAGCUACAUGUUGUACAAAAAUAAUAAUGAUUACAGUAUAUUUUACUAAACCGUACCACACUGAAAUGUUUAAAUUUUUCUUUGAUUGUCCUUGAAUUUUCCCAUCCUCUCCUGCCAGACCCUUUGAGAACCAGUUGGGAAGAGAGGGUUAGUGGGCAGUCUGGAUAGCAUUUAAGGGGUGCAGUUAAUUCAUUAUGUUAGACUAUAAGAUCUCAUUGCCAAUGUGAAAGCACAUGGCUUUCCCCAGAGAAUCCUGGAAACUGGAUUUCUUUUUAAGGGUGCUGGGAACUGGAGCUCUGUGAGGAGCAAACUACAGUUCUCAGGAUCCUUUGAGGGGACUCCAUGUGCGUGAGGCAACACGGCCACGGGAGUUUUGUAUUUUAAGUGCUAGGGCUCAACUUAGGAACAUGUGAGCUAAGCAUAAAUGCAAGGGAACCUUGGGCAUGAGCAGAGUGCAUUUAUCUUCCCACUGAGUCACCACAGGGACUGAGUCCCCCCGACAACAGAUAUUAAAGGUAGAGCUUCCCGUUCAAAAGAUGACCUUUCCAGAGAGGCGUCAACAUCUCUCACCAGACUUAGGUACUGAAUUUGUAUCUAUCAGAAAUGAAGUACAGUGGUACCUUGGUUUAAGAACAGUCCUGUUUACGAACGAUUCGGUUUACAAACUCCACAAAACUGGAAGUAGUGUCCCGGUUUGUGAACUUUACCUCGGUCUAAGAACGGAAGUUCAUAAACCAAGGUACCACUGUACUAGGAUUCACUUUGGCCCACAUCUUCUGAAACAUAUUAUUCUGGGAUAAUAAUAAGAAUUUAUUAUUUAUACCCCGCCCAUAUGGUGGGGUUUCCCCAGCCACUCUGGGCGGCUCCCAACAGAGUAUUAAUAAUACUGAUAAUAAAGCGAUAAAACAUCAAACAUUAAAAACUUCCAAAACAGGGCUGCCUUCAGAUGUCUUCUAAAAGUCAGAUAGUUGUUUAUUUCUUUAACAUCUGAUGGGAGGGCAUUCCACAGGGCGGGCACCACCACCGAGAAGGCCCUCUGCCUGGUUCCCUACAACCUCUUCUAGCAAGGAGGGAACUGCCAGAAGGCCCUCAGAGCUGGAUCUCAGUGUCUGGGCUGAACUAUGGGGGUGGAGAUGCUCCUUCAGGUAUACUGGGUCAAGGCCUUGGAUGCACCAAGGUUAUGACUGGAUUCUGGUGAACAUAUUGACUUCAUAUUUUGCAUCCUUCACUCUUCUUCAGGCCAUAGAAGUGACUUCCUUGCUGUCCUUGACAACUACCCUGAUCCGGAUAUAAGCCAACCUAUAUUUCACGUCGGAGAAAAAUUGCGUGUAAUAUCAGAGUGAGUACCUUCCUAUUUUAUUCUCAAAAAAUGAAGAAGUUUGCAUUAAGUUGAAGGACAGCUGAGAAAUUCGCGUUAUUCAAUGCUGUGCUGCCGAGAAGUGCGAUUUUGGGUAGGCGUCCCCAUCCCCUUCGUGCCACAAAAAUUGGCAGCGGCAGCAAAAUUGGUUUGCAGCAUCAACGGUCAGGGGACAUGUGAGGGUCUGAAGAGGAGACCCAAAGGGCUCCCAUGGGCUACUGGAAAUAAAACAUACAACUCUCAAGGUUCUAGUCCAUUUGAGCUGGGGGAGAAAAUGGUUUCCGAACCUUACCAACGGCAACUGAUUUAAGUAGUUUCCAACAAAUUCCCCCUCCUCUCUAUCUCCGCAUGUGAAACUGAGGGGGUGAAGUCACUUUUCCUACGUGUAAGAAACAACCGAAAGUCUCUGUUUUGUAAAUAACUGGGCAACAAGGAAAGCUCCGCUAUUAAGGGGUUAGGGCUCGGAGGUGUUUUGCAUGUCUCAGGUGAUUCAGAGGGCGUUGCUCAUAACGGGCGUUUGCUUGUCUAUAAAGAAAUAAAAAAUCAGGUGGAUUUUGCUCAAAUAUACCUGCUGUGUACCAAUCACGCAAUGGAGACCGUAGCUCACAAGCGUGAAAGUCAGCACUUAGUGGAACUUUCCUUUUCCUGUUUUGAUUCUGCUGAGGCACGAAAAAAUGCUCAGGGAACUUGCAGCCGGGGCCAAAAGCUGUAACUCAGAUGAGAGAACAGGCCAUGGGGCUACGCUGCCAACUUCUGUACCGAGAGCUACAGAAAAUGUUACUUCCCCUAUCCUUCAACAGUCUGCCUGUUAGAAUCAGUUAUACUGGGGCUUGAAAAGUUUCUGCAAAGAUCCCAGCUUUGCAGUCAAAUAUACAGGAUGGUGUAUAUGGGAUGGGACACGGGUGGGGCUGUGGGUUAAACCACAGAGCCUAGGACUUGCUGAUCAGAAGGUCACGGUUUGAAUCCCCGCGACGGGGUGAGCUCCCGUUGCUCGGUCCCUGCUCCUGCCAACCUAGCAGUUCGAAAUCACGUCAAAGUACAAGUAGAUAAAUAGGUACCGCUCCAGCAGGAAGGUAAAUGGCAUUUCCAUGCGCUGCUCUGGUUCGCCUGAAGUGGCUUAGUCAUGCUGGCCACAUGACCUGGAAGCUGUACGCCGGUUCCCUCGGCCAAUAAAGCGAGAUGAGCGCCACAACCCCAGAGUCCGCCACGACUGGACCUAAUGAUCAGGGGUCCCUUUACCUUUACUAUACAGGAUGGUAUCAGGCUGACAUACUCGGGGCAGACCCACCGAAAACAAUGGACUUGAAUGAGCCACGACUUGCUUGAGUUUGUCGAUUUCGUUGGCGCUAUUUAGUAUGGAUUUUUAGUUAAAUAUCACCCAGAGCAUUCAGGCCCUGAUAAAGUUAGCAUGUGAACAAUCACAGUGGCUUCAUAUUAACCUUAACAUUUAAGCAACCCAAGGACAGUGUAUUCUUCAAUUCACUUCCCAUACGUCGGGGUUUUCCCGUACAUAUUGCCUAUUCAGCAAAAAUCCACCAUUUUUCCAUCCGAUUCCCGGAUGUGUCCAGGAAAACCUGGACAUAUGGCAGCCCUAUUUUAUCCCUAGAAUGUGUAUGUCAUUCUUUGGAAAUGCUUAUUAAUAUGCUAACAAUGCCAUCACCUUUACUUUAUUCUUUUUAUUUAAACAAUGUAAAGUGAGUGCAUCCUAUUGAAUAGUCAGCCAUUCCCAAAUAUUUUUAAAAUGGAUGUGAAAUUAAGAUUUUUGCCCUGACAUGCAUCUCUUGUUUACACUGGUGUGUGGCCUGGGGAGACUUUUGAGGGCCACACAAAGAGGCUUGGAGGGCCACAUUAGGUCGCUGGACUUGAGAUUCCUCGUCCUUGACCUAAAGUAGCACAGAGAAAUGAUCUUCCUCUUGUAACGGGCAUGUGGGUAUUCCAGACAGAUGACAGAGUUGUAAAUUGCAAAUCUCCGGCAGAGACAACAGCGAAAUGAGCAGCUGACAUAUGAUUCGGGGGGGAGGGGGAGAUGUUACCUCAUCUGGAAACAGGAAGUCUCAUUAACUUUACUGAGUUUCUUUUUUUAUACAACGGGUGGAAAGAGGAAGUCUAGUAGUUUCACUGAUGAUCACCUUUAUCCCUCAUAUGUCUGUUGGAGUUCACAACCCACAGGGAUAUAUUUUAGACCAUUUCCCCCACUCGCCUUGUUUCGCUACAAUGACGGUAAAUUUCAAUAUGCAUUUCAUAUCUCUCUCUCUCUCUCUUGCAGUGAAGGAGGCUGGUGGAGAGCCCGUUCCCUCACUACAGGUCAAGAAAACUACAUCCCGGAAAAAUGUGUAGCAAAAGUUUACCACGGGUGAGAAAACUCCCAGUGUUGUCUUGGCACAGCUGUAUUUUGUUCAUCAUAUAAAUGUGUCAGGUAGCGGUGUCGGACUAGGAUCUGGGGAUCAGGGUUCAAAUCGCCACUCAGCCAUGAAGCUCACUAUAUGACCUUGGGCCUAUAGUCCUAACCUGCCUUACAAGGUUGUUGUGAGGAUAAAAUGGGGAGGAGAACUAUGUAAGCCAACCUGGGCUCCUGGGAGGAAAAAUGGGAUACAAAUAUAAUUGAUAAUACAGUGGUGCCCCGCAAGACGAAUGCCUCGCAAGACGAAAAACUCGCUAGACGAAAAAACUCGCGGAACGAAUUAAUUUCGUCUUGCGAGGCACCACUGUAAUCAUGAUCUGUAUAAAAAAGCUAGAAAGACAGAUACAGUAGAUGAUAGAUAGAUUGACAGAUCGAUAGAUAAUAGAUAGAUGAUAGAUAUAGAUGAUAGAUAGAUAAAUAAGAGAUAGAUAGAUAGAUAGAUAGAUAGAUAGAUAUAGAUAGAUAGAUAGAUGAUAGAUAGGGAUAGAUGAUAGAUAGAUAGAUAGAUAGAGAGAGAGAGAGAGAGAGAGAGAUAGAUAGACAGAUAGAUAGAUGAUAGAUAGCUGGAUAGAUAGAUAUAGAUAUAGAUAUAGAUGAUAGAUAGCUGGAUAGAUAGAUAGAUAGAUAGAUAGAUAGAUAGAUAGAUGAUAGAUGAUAUAGCUAGAUAGAUCGAAAGAUAUAGAUAGAUAGAUAGAUAGAUAGAUAGAUAGAUAGAUGAUAGAUAGAUAGAUAGAUAGAUGAUAGAUAGAUAGAUGAUAGAUAGAUAGAUAGAUAGAUAGAUAGAUAGAUGAUAGAUAGAUAGAUGAUAGAUAGAUAGAUAGAUAGAUAGAUGAUAGAUAGAUAGAUGAUAGAUAGAUAGAUAGAUAGAUAGAUAGAUAGAUAGAUAGAUAGAUGAUAGAUAGAUGAUAGAAAGAUAGAUGAUAGAUAGAUAGAUAGAUAUAGAUAGAUAGAUAGAUAGAUAGAUAAUAGAUAGAUAGAUAGAUGAUAGAUAGAUAGAUAGAUGAUAGAUAGAUAGAUGAUAGAUAGAUGAUAGAUAGAUAGAUAGAUAGAUAGAUAGAUAGAUAGAUAGAUGAUAGAUAGAUGAUAGAAAGAUAGAUGAUAGAUAGAUAGAUAUAGAUAGAUAGAUAGAUGAUAGAUAGACAGAUAGAUAGAUAGAUAGAUAGAUAUAGAUAUAGAUAGAUGAUAGAUAGACAGAUAGAUGAUAGAUAGAUAGAUAGAUAGAUAGAUAGAUGAUAGAUGGUAUAGAUAGAUAGAUAGAUAGAUUGAAAGAUAUAGAUAGAUAGAUAGAUAGAUAGAUAGAUAGAUAGAUGAUAGACAGAUAGAUGAUAGAUGAUAGAUAGAUAGAUAGAUAGAUAGAUAGAUAGAUGAUAGAUGGUAUAGAUAGAUAGAUAGAUAGAUAGAUAGAUAGAUUGAAAGAUAUAGAUAGAUGAUAGAUAGAUAGAUAGAUAGAUAGAUAGAUGAUAGAUAGAUAGAUAGAUGAUAGAUAGAUAGAUAUAGAUAGAUAGAUGAUAGAUAGAUAAUAGAUAGAUGAUAGAUGAUAGAUGAUAGAUGAUAGAUGAUAGAUGAUAGAUGAUAGAUAGAUAGAUAGAUAGAUAAUAGAUAAUAGAUAAUGUGUCAGGAUAUAUAGUAAUUUGGCUUGUGAGUCACUGUAUAAGAUGAACCCCUGUGUUUCUUUGUUCGCUAUAAUGAAGACUCUAAAACCAACUACGACAUUCCCAUCUUUUGACCAAAGUGGAUGGAAUUUACAGGCAGAGGAACCCAAACUUUUUGUGUGGAAAGCAAAAUGGAUUCCAUCAUCCCAUAUAAGCAGCGGGGAGAGUGUGGGUCGUCUCUUGCUCAGGGGAGCAGAACUUAUUUUGCUCUUUCCUGCCUUAAAAUAAAUAAGAGGUGGCUGAGAGGUGUAAAUUUUUGCAUGCACUUUUUAAAAAAACUUUAUUUUCAAUGCAACACUCCCUAGAACACUGCUAGGGGAGUUCUGAAGAGAUGGGGUGGGGGUGGUAAAGAAGAGCUGUGUAGGAGUUUUUAAAAAUUAAAUGAGGCUUUUAACUGAAGAAAGACUCCCUACCACUGUGCUUUAACAACAACAAAACAAACCAGAGUUUUCCAGUGCUUUGCAGGCGACAUUUUAGACACCCUUAACCUCUUGCAAAGCCUGUGGACCUAGAGAUAGACGAUAAGGUAGACAGAUAAACAUGCUGCUUUCUGUACAGAAAAAACAGAGGGGCAGAGCACUCUCUGAUUCAACUUGGGUGGGGCAAUAUUGACAUCACACUUCGGCUCAGGAGGAGGGCUACCCCCCAAAUCCUUCCAAUCUGCUUCACUGUGAUUUGGCUUGUGUGUUGUUUCAGAACGUGUGAAUUUGAUAGAUUUGACUUAAAAUGUGUACUGAAUUGAAUUUCCCCUCCAUCCCUAAUGAUGGGCGUUGAAGUCUAGCAACAUCUAGAGGGCCACAGGUUCCCUGUCCCUGGUAUAAAUCUCUCUUACACAUGCAGAAAGCACCAUAUUUUGGGGGAUCUCCCUUGCCAUUCAUGACUAGCAAUUUUCCAGCUACCAGGGGACGCCUAUAUUCGCAGUGAUUUAUUUUUUUAAAAAAAGUAGCAGUACCAAAAAUACAUUACAGUGGUCCCUCGGGUUAAGUACUUAAUUCGUUCUGGAGGUCCGUUCUUAACCUGAAACUGUUCUUAACCUGAAGCACCACUUUAGCUAAUGGGCCCUCCCGCUGCCUCCAUGCCACUGGAGCACGAUUUCUGUUCUCAUCCUGAAGCAAAGUUCUUAACCCGAGGUACUAUUUCUGGGUUAGCGGAGUUUGUAACCUGAAGUGUAUGUAACCUGAAGCGUCUGUAACCCGAGGUACCACUGUAUACGGUACUUCCCUAAUUAACUCUGCAUUUCUGUGGACAAGACAAGCUUGCCUUUUCACUCAUAUAACCCCAGCCUCCCUUCUCCUACAGUUGGUUAUUUGAAGGUCUGGGAAGAGAAAAAGCUGAAGAACUUCUGCUGCUUCCCAACACCAGAAUUGGCUCGUUCAUGAUUAGAAAGAGCGAAACAACAAAAGGUGAGAAAAUGAGAUUUUACUUUCAACUUUUGCCACUUCUCUGUCUGAUACUUCCUCUUAAGGGCAGUUUAAACCAGACUUCACAAACUUGGUGUUGUCCAGAUGUUUUGGACUAUGGCUGCGUACACACUAUAUACCAGGCACAGGCAAAUUCCAGCUGGGGUGAGUAAAAUGUAGCCCUGCCUACAGCUGCUUUCAUCCCAUGUUAGAUGGAUCUGGGAUCUGGAGAGCCAUAAGUCCUGCAAUUCCUGUGCUAGGUUAACAGUUUUCCCCUAUCCUUGGGAAUCCUGGGAAUUUUUUGGGGGGGGGGGCUCUACCAAGGCAUCCGUAAAGGUAAAGGGACCCCUGACUAUUAGGUCCAGUCAUGACCGACUCUGGGGUUGCGGCGCUCAUCUCGCUUUACUGGCCAAGGGAGCCGGCGUACAGCUUCCGGGUCAUGUAGCCAGCAUGACUAAGCUGCUUCUGGCGAACCAGAGCAGCGCACAGAAAUGCCGUUUACCUUCCCGCCGGAGUGGUACCUAUUUAUCUACUUGCACUUUGAUGUGCUUUUGAACUGCUAGGUGGGCAGGAGCAGGGACCGAGCAACGGGAGCUCACCCCGUCGUGGGGAUUCGAACCGCUGACCUUCUGAUUGGCAAGUCCUAGGCUCUGUGGUUUAACCCACAGCGCCACCUGCGUCCAUAGCAGCCUAUAAUAAGGAAUCGUCCCCACCAAGGUCUAAUUCCAAUUAUUCUUUAGAGGUUGGCAUGACAAGCCAAAUGGGAUAAAAACAAGGUGUGCUUGCAGUGUCUCUAUCCCUCUAAAAUGUCUUAACUGCUCCCGGGUUUCUCGGUAUCCAGACAAAUGGAUGAUUGUUUGGCUUUUCUCCCUUCUCUAGGUUUGUAUUCGUUGUCAGUCCGGCACGUACAAGUGAAACAUUACAGAAUCUUCCGCCUGCCAAACAACUGGUAUUAUAUCUCUCCUCGGCAAACUUUCCAGUGCCUUGAGGACCUCGUAAAUCACUAUUCCGGUAAGAAGGCGCGUUCUGCUCAAAAACAAACAAGCGUUUUCAAGCUUUCAGAAACGCAGCUCACCACAUAAGUCUGCUUUGAUUCAUACGGUUACCUUGGCUUUUGAGUGGAGAACAUGAUGCGCCAUUGCAAAUGGUAAUCCCCAUGGAAUGCUCAGUUAUUCUGCUUUUUCAGUGAUGGCUCCGACCUGGUGGAAUGCUCUGUCACAUGAGACUAGGGCCCUUCAGGAUUUAACCUCCUUCCGUUGGGCCUGUAAGACAGAGCGAUUCUGCCUGGCUUUUAAUUUGAAUUCAGCCUGAUCUUUUAUUUCCCUUCUCUUCCCUUCCCCUCCCCUUUUAUGAAGAUUACCUGCUCUGAGACCCCACAGCUAAUUCUCUCCUGGCCUCCUCGCUGGCCCAAGUAGGACUAAUUCAGCGAGCCAGCCCUGGUGAUCAUCUAAUGUUUAUUAGAUGGAUUUCCCCUAAAUUGAUUUCCGAACUUUGAAUUUUAUUGUUAUUCAUGUUUUUAUACUGUAUUCUUUGCUGCUUUUACAAUUAAGUGUUUUAAAUUUGUUGUUAGCCACCCUGAGCCCGGUUUUUGAACCAGGAAGGGUGGGGUAUAAAUAAAAAUUUAUUAUUAUUAUUAUUAUUUGACAAGAAUGCAGAUCCAAUUUCGUAUGUCAGUGUGCUGAAAGAUGCGCAGAGACACAGGGACAGGAUUUGCUCGCCCCUAGGUAGUGGCCAUUGCAUAACUGUCACCCAAGGGUCAAACUAUGAGUCUGCAGGAAACAAAUAUCCAGUUUUGCAAGAUGUUCUCUUCCUACGCUUCACAAGUUUGUGGAUGUGCCAAUAUUGCGCCAAACUCUUAUAUGCAAUCAUUUCUUACGUGAACAGUGGACUUUUGGGAACUGUUUAAACUCCCCUACUUUAGAAAUAUAUAUUUUAAAUUUUAGGAAAACUGCCUUUCCUCUUCUGGUUGGGCAGGCUCUGAAAGGGCCUGACUUUUAUUUGUGCGGAUGUGGAGCUUUUAAGGUUUCUAUUGAUUGUUGCAGCUGGUUUUAGUGUUUGUCAGUUGCUUUGGGUGUCUUGCAUGAAGCACACAACUAAUAAAUCUAGAAUAAUAAUACUAUGGAGUCCAUGUAGUUCAAUAUUGCCAGCACUGACUGGCAGAAGCUCUCCAGGGUUUCAAACAAGGGACGCUUCCAGCCCUGCAUGCCAGGGAUUGAACCUGGAACCUUUUCCUGCUCCACCAUUGAGCCAGGACCCUUCACCCUUAUUUGCAGCCCUAGGAUAAAAAUAAUAGAAUUGUAAAGUUGGAAGGGGCACCAAGGGUCAUCUAGUCCAACCCCUUGCAAUGCUGCUAAUUCAGAGAUUUCAGGAGGGCCCUUCAUUGUGACUCACCUGUCUACCAAGGUGAACAAAAUCACGACACAGAACCAUUCAGAGCCAAAGAGAUUUGGCUAUGUAAUGAUAUCACUGGUGGCUAACUAUGUAUGUACAGUGGUACCUCGGGUUACAUACGCUUCAGGUUACAGACACUUCAGGUUACAGACUCUGCUAACCCAGAAAUAGUACCUUGGGUUAAGAACUUUGCUUCAGGAUGAGAACAGAAAUCGUGCUCUGGUGGCGCAGCAGCAGCAGGAGGCCCCAUUUGCUAAAGUGGUGCUUCAGGUUAAGAACAGUUUCAGGUUAAGAACGGACCUCCAGAACGAAUUAAGUACUUAAGCCGAGGUACCACUGUAUGGUGCUGGAGGAGACUCUUGAGAGUCCCAUGGACUGCAAGAAGAUCAAACCUAUCCAUUCUUAAGGAAAUCAGCCCUGAGUGCUCAGUGGAAAGACAGAUCCUGAAGCUGAGGCUCCAAUACUUUGGCCACCUCAUGAGAAGAGAAGACUCCCUGGGAAAGACCCUGAUGUUGGGAAAGAUGGAGGGCACAAGGAGAAGGGGACGACAGAGGACGAGAUGGUUGGAUAGUGUUCUCGAAGCUACCAGCAUGAGUUUGACCAAACUGCGGGAGGCAGUGGAAGACAGGAGUGCCUGGCGUGCUCUGGUCCAUGGGGUCACGAAGAGUCGGACAUGACUAAACCACUAAACAACAACAACCACUGUACUUACAUUUGUCCUCAGUCUGAAUGUGGGUGGGAGCACGGGGGGAGAACAAUGUUCCUGUUUCUGGGGCGAUGGGAACAACACAUCCUGUUUUGAUGGUUUGAUGGCCUGCUAAUAUUGCACAUAAAGAUUUUGGCCCCAUGCCGACAGCAGUUACAUGCAGCUGGGUGCAACUAGAAGUAGAAGAUUGUGAAUAUGCUCACCAACUCUGGGAUAGCUCAGUUGGUGGAGCAUGAGACUCUUAAUCUCAGGGUUAAUCUCUUAAACUCAGGGUUCUGGGUUCGAGCCCAAUGUUGGGCAAAAGAUUCCAGCACUGCAGGGGGUUGGACUAGAUGACCCUGGUGGUCCCUUCCAACUCUACAAGUCUAUGAUUCUAACUCCACAUCUGGUUGAAAAUGAUGCAAUGAGGAAGAAUGAAAGGCAGCAUCCCUGAUAGUUUAGCCAUCCUAUCAGGGAUGCUGUAGCAGUGGGAUCUCUCCACCGGCAGGAAGUGGAGGCUGCAUCCAGUACGUUUCCGAGCACAAUUCAAAGUGUUGGUGCUGAACUUUAAAGCCUUAAAUGGCCUUGGCCCAGUAUACCUGAAGGAGCAUCUCCACCCCCAUUGUCCAGACCCCACUGGGGUCCAGUUCUGAUGGCCUUCUGGCAUUUCCCUAACUGUGAGAAGUGAGGUUACAAGGAACCAGGCAGAGGGCCUUCUCGGUAGUGGCGCCCGCCCUGUGGAACACCCUCCCAUCAGAUGUCAAGGAAAUAAACAAGUAUCUGACUUUUAGAAGACAUCUGAAGGCAGCCCUUUCUAGGGAAGUUUUCAAUACUUGAUGAUUUAUUGUGUUCUUGUAUCUCUUGGAAGCUGCCCAGAACGGCUAGGACAACCCAUUCAGAUGAGUAGGGUAUAAUAAUAAUAAUAAUAAUAAUAAUAAUAAUAAUAAUAAUUUCCUGUACAGUCCAUGUGCAUCUGGUACAUAGCAGCCCUGUUUAAGGAAGUUUUUAAUGUUUGAAAGUUAUUUUGUUUUUAAUGUUCUGUUGAAAGCUGCCCAGAGUGGCUGGGGAAACCCAGCCAGAUGGGUGGGUAGAAAUAAUAAAUUAUUAUUAUUAUUAUUAUUAAGAAGCACCUAAAGGUGCAGGUGAAAUCCACAUUCACUGCAUUAUUUUAAGCAGGAUGCAGAUUCUGGUGUUCAUUUUCAUCCACGCACAAUUGGACUGGGGGGCAAAGGAGAUCAGCCAGAUUUCCUCGGCAAUGGGGAUCAUUUCCCUCUUCCCUCGGCACUCAUUCUCUUGUGGGCACUUCCACUCCCUUUUGCAGAGGGGUGCAAGUAAAAGAAAACGGCCAAAAAGGAGAGGCAUCGCUUUUCACAGGGAAGAGGCAACAGCCUGGAGGAAAAGCUCCCUCUUAGGCUCAGUGCUAAAAUCAGACACGGGUUCACCCAAUAUGAUAUUUGCACGUCUUUUAAAAGGUGCAGCAACCACGUGCAUUGCAAUGUAGAAAGCAGAAUCUCACUGUACAGUGGUACCUCGGGUUACAUACGCUUCAGGUUACAGACUCCGCUAACCCAGAAAUAGUGCUUCAGGUUAAGAACUUUGCUUCAGGAUGAGAACAGAAAUCAUGCGCCGGCGGCGCAGCAGCAGCAGGAGGCCCCAUUAGCUAAAGUGGUACCUCAGGUUAAGAACAGUUUCAGGUUAAGUACGGACCUCCAGAACGAAUUAAGUACUUAACCCAAGGUACCACUGUACCUCAGCGUAUUUUGUGGCAUUGCCAUUGCAGGGCUAGUCUCCACCAUGCACUUCUCAGGGAUUAUUAUUAUUAUUAUUUAUUUGCAAGCAUGACGCCUGUAAUCUGAGCUACGUGAGCUCUGAGGCCGAUUAGAAGGCUGUGAUGCUGAAAGCUCACUGCACGCUCGCAAGCUCUUGCCAUCUAAAGGCAGCACCACUUCCGAGUGGCAGAAUGUGCCCCUCAGAACAAAGAGAACGAAAGUGGGCGGAGCCUUCCUGCAGGGGAAACACAAUGCUAACGUUUGGCCAUUAAUGCCAAUAUCGCAUGCAUUCUGCAUAGUGUGAAGCCACAACAUUUGCCUAGAAGCCAUGCCUUUUCUCAGAACUCACUGGUGGCUGACACAAUGCGGGAAAGGAAGCUGGCACACAGCUUCGCAGCUCAGCGCUAGAUAAAUGUCAACAGGCAGCGCACUUAUAUUUAGGUCAUUUUUGUGGAUAGAAACAUCCAACAGCCCAAAGGCAGAGUGAUAAUCUCAUUCUUCAUCAUGCAUUUCAAAGCUGUUUGCUUUUUAAAGUUUGCAAUAGAGGAUGUGAAAAAGUAGAAGAGACACGGUGAUCAACAGCUCAUUUUGUAGCCAGUUCUAGCCUGUUUUGCAGAGAGAGGUUUCCCUCCCACCCCCAUACACAGAGAUGCUGAAUGGGCCAAGGUCACCCAGAGAGCUUCCUGGCUGAGUGAGGAUUCGAACCCUGCCCUCCCAGGCACUAGUUCAACACACUAACCAUUACGCCACACUGCCUCUCUCUUUUGAGCAACAAAACGAAAGAGCAGCAGAGUUCUUGCUUUACUCCAGCUGUGUUGUAAGCAGUAAGGUAAAGGGACCCCUGACCAUUAGGUCCAGUCAUGACCGACUUUGGGGUUGCGGUGCUAAUCUCGCUUUACUGGCCGAGGGAGCCAGCAUACAGCUUCCGGGUCAUGUGGCCAGCAUGACUAAGCCGCUUCUGGCGAACCAGAGCAGCGCACGGAAACGCCGUUUACCUUCCCACCAGAGUGGUACCUAUUUAUCUACUUGCACUUUGACGUGCUUUCGAACUGCUAGGUGGGCAGGAGCAGGGACCGAGCAACGGGAGUUCAUCCCGUCGCGGCGAUUCGAACCGCCGACCUUCUGAUCAGCAAGUCCUAGGCUCUGUGGUUUAACCCACAGCGCCACACGCGUCCCUUUUGUUGUAAGCAGUAUGGUCUGUAUAAAUCACAGUCACCUUUCCAACAUUAUCCCUGUUUUCAAGAACCUAAGAAGAGCCCUGCUGGAUCAAGAGGCCAAUUGGUCAUCUCUUCCAGCAUCCUCUUCUCACAGUGGCCAACCAGAUGCCUGUGGGGAACCCACAAUUGUGACCCCUCCCCUCUUGAAGUUUCCAGCAACUCUGCCAGCUCAGGCAGAAAAACAUUAAGGAAUUAAUUUCAUCUUUAAUGUUUUCCAUGUAAGCUGCCCUGGAAGUUACUGAACUAAAAAGAUGGGGUAGAAAUAUAACCAGAGAGAGCUCUACCUCUCUUUCAAAUCAGAACCAGUGAAGGCGGUGAAGGUCCUGUGUGAGUGUCUGGAGGCGGUUGGAGGAUGGAUGGCGGCUAACAGAUUGAGGUUGAAUCCCGACAAGACAGAAGUACUGUUUUGGGGGGACAGGAGGCGAGCGGAUGUGGAGGACUCCCUGGUCCUGAAUGGGGUAACUGUGCCCCUGAAGGACCAGAUGCGCAGCCUGGGAGUCAUUUUGGACUCACAGCUGUCCAUGGAGGCACAGGUCAAUUCUGUGUGCAAGGCAGCUGUUUACCAGCUCCAUCUGGUAAGCAGGCUGAGACCCUAUUUGCCUGCGGACUGCCUCGCCAGAGUAGUGCAUGCUCUAGCUAUCUCCCGCUUGGACUACUGCAAUGUGCUCUACGUGGGGCUACCUUUGAAGGUGACCUGGAAACUACAACUAAUCCAGAAUGCAGCAGCUAGACUGGUGACUGGGAGAGGCCGCUGAGACCACAUAACACCGGUCUUGAAAGACCUACAUUGGCUCCCAGUACGUUUCCGAGCACAAUUCAAAGUAUUGGUGCUGACCUUUAAAGCCCUAAACGGCCUCGGUCCUGUAUACCUGAAGGAGCGUCUCCACCCCCAUCGUUCUACCUGGACACUGAGGUCCAGUGCCUAGGGCCUUCUGGCGGUUCCCUCACUGCGAGAAGCCAAGUUUCAGGGAACCAGGCAGAGGGCCUUCUCAGUAGUGGCGCCCUCCCUGUGAAACGCCCUCCCACCAGAUGUCAAAGAGAAGAACAACUACCAGACUUUUAGAAGACAUCUGAAGGCAGCCCUGUUUAGGGAAGCUUUUAAUGUUUGAUGUAUUACAGUAUUUUAAUAUUUUGUUGGAAGCAGCCCAGAGUGGCUGGGGAAGCCCAGCCAGAUGGGCGGGGUAUAAAUAAUAAAUUAUUAUUAUUAUUAUUAUUAUUAUUAUUAUUAUUAUAACCAAGAAACAUACAAAAACAUUGCAAAAGUCAGAGACCAUUUUGACUUGCAACUCAUAUUGUGCCCAUUUCUUCCUUCAGAGGUAGCCGAUGGCCUCUGCUGCAUACUGACCACUCCCUGCCUCACGCAACACACGAGCAGCAACGAAGUAAGGAAUCAAGAGCCGAGGAACCAAGAAACCCCCGUCGUGAUGCGCAGCAAGACCUUCUCGUGGAAGGAUACGCAGAGGUAAUGUUUGGUCGGGGCAGCUGACGCCAGCCUUCCCCAACUCAGUGCCCUCCAGAUGUUUUGGACUAUAACUCCCAUCAGUCCAGGCCCAAUGGUCAGGAAUUAAGUGAGUUGUCGUCCACAAAGGUCUGGAGGGCUAUUUCAAUGCAGAUGGUGCUCUGAGAUUCUGCAGCUACAAAACCCCAGUUCUGCAACUGGAAUAAAUUACUCUGUUUGACCAAUAUAAGCUUGCUAAAACAUUCGUGCUUCGUACGAUAUGUGCAAUAGCGGGAUUGAGUUUUGGACUACAGAAUUUACACUUCUGUGCCUAGUUUAUUCCUUGUCUGGUGUUGUAGACAAAAAAAAAAGGAUGCGGGUGACGCUGUAGGUUAAACCACAGAGCCUAGGACUUGCCGAUCAGAAGGUCGGUGGUUUGAAUCCCUGCGAUGGGGUGAGCUCCCGUUGCUCGGUCCCUGCUCCUGCCAACCUAGCAGUUCGAAAGCACAAAGUGCAAGUAGAUAAAUAGGUACCGCUCUGACAGGAAGGUAAACGACGUUUCUGUGUGCUGCUCUGGUUCACCAGAAGCGGCUUAGGCAUGCUGGCCACAUGACCCGGAAGCUGUACGCUGGCUCCCUCAGCCAAUAAAGCAAGAUGAGCGCCGCAACCCCAGAGUCGGCCACGACUGGACCUAAUGGUCAGGGGUCCCUUUACCUUUAGACAAAAAAAGGGGUGUGCUAAAAUAAAUACAGUGGUACCUCAGGUUACAGAUGCUUCGGACUCCGCUAACCCAGAAAUAGUACCUCGGGUUAAGAACUUUGCUUCAGGAUGAGAACAGAAAUUGUGCGGCGGCAGCGGGAUGCCCCAUUAGCUAAAGUGGUACCUCAGGUUAAGAGCAGCUUCAGGUUAAGAACAGACCUGCAGAAGGAAUUAAGUUCUUAACCUGAGGUACCACUGUAUCUGAAAAGCGGGGAGGGUAAUAAAGGGGUUGGAAACUGAAAUUCGGAAGACGACGACAGGCAGUGGCUGAUUAUUUUGUUAAACCCACACCUACUCAGUGAUACAAUCAUUUAACAAUCCCUUUGCGCAUUCUAAGUCAUGUUCUCAGCAAGGCCUGGUUCAUACAGUAUUCUGUUGUGUGGAUGUCAGAGUUAUUAUUUUUUACAUAGGGUUGCCUGCAUGAUUUAUGUCAAGCAAUGCCUUGCCAGGGAAGCCACCUCACAUGCCAUCCCCAACUUAGUUAUAACCAGCCAAAACACUCUGGAAAUGCUACAUGAAUACAUUAACUUGAUGGCUUGGAGCAUGUGCAUUUCUGUCUUCAAAAAAACAAAACAAAAAAACACACCACAAUGAUAUCAUUAGGGUAAGAAAGAAACCAGGAUUGGAAGCAGGAUAAACUAUUCUUCUUCAACGAGAAACCAUCGCUACUUCCAAUUUCAGAAAUGUUCAUGCUGCUUUCCUUCGGGUUCAAAUGUUAGACCAGGAGAGGACCAACAUGGGUGGCACAUCACAAAAUGGCCUGGGGACACACAAACCCAUUUUGUGGCACAUUCCCAGAUCCAUUUGUCUAUCUUCUAGCACUGCACUAAGCCAAACUGCAAAGAAGCUAAGGCAGUUGAGGUACCUUAUUGUGUAUCAAUAUCUCAGACAAUAAACAACCUUCUCCUUCUUCUUUUUAAAGAUCAAAUGAAGAUGACAGUGACAUUGUAGACAUGCUUGGAAUAGAGGACUCUGGCCUGAGCUUUGGGCUGAGGAACAGCAUCAGUUCCUAUCUUGCCCUAACUGGAGAAACUGACUCUUCUUACACGAACAACCGGAAGCAGAAAAGCAGGUCUGUCAUAUUACGGAACAAGUUCGAAUCACCCUUCAUUUAUCACGAGAACAGAUCCUGA